UUGCUACACCGAGUUCAUUUCUUACUCCUAGCUGCUUCGUUCUUUCUACUCCUCAACACCUCACCAAACUGCUGUCUGUGAGAGGAUCAUAUCGAACCGGUCGGAGAUAAUUAAUGGCAGGGACGGUGCUCAGCAUGGCGAGGUCCAUGAUGGUGGGCGCCAUUAGCAAGGCUGCCUCCGCCGCCGCCGACGAGAUGAGCCUCCUCAUGGGCGUGCGCAAGGAUAUCUGGUUCAUCAAAGAUGAGCUGGAGACGAUGCAGGCUUUCCUGGAGGCUGCUGAAGCAAUGAAGGAGAAAGACAUUCUACUCAAGGUGUGGGCCAAGCAAGUAAGGGACUUGUCCUACAAUAUUGAAGAUUGCCUUGGUGAAUUCAUGGUGCAUGUGGCAAGUCAAAGCAAGUUGCGGAAGAUGAUGAAGCUCAAAGACCGCCAUCGAAUCGCCAUACAGAUCCGUGAUCUCAAAUCAAGAGUUGAGGAAGUGAGCACCAAGAACACACGCUACAACCUGAUUGAGAAGAACCAAGUCACUAGUACCGUUGAUGAGAGGUAUUCUUGCAUGGAAGAUAUUCGCAAUCAAUCAGGUAGCAACAUUGAUGAAACUGAACUUGUGGGGUUUUCCAAGCCCAAACAAGAGUUGAUAAAUCUUAUAGAUGUUCAUGCCAAAACUGGCCCCGCUCAGGUAGUAUGUGUGGUCGGCAUGGGUGGCUUGGGUAAGACUACUCUUACAAGGAAGGUUUAUGAAAGCAUUGAAAACUUUUCAUGUUGUGCUUGGAUCACUGUCUCGCAGUCAUUUGCCAGGAUGGAGCUUCUGAAAGUUAUGAUCAAAGAACUUUUUGGUGAUGAAGCAUUGAAGAGGCAACUUGAAGGGAAGGUAGUGCGAGCAGAUGAUCUGGCUGGCUACCUUAGGAAAAAGCUACAUGACAAAAGGUACUUUGUUGUUCUUGAUGAUGUAUGGAACAUUGAUGAUUGGAAGUGGAUCAGUAGUUCUGUUUUUCCUAGCAAUAACAACAAAGGUAGCCGGAUAAUGGUGACAACACGAGAUGUUGGCUUAGCUGAGGAGUGUGGUUUGGAAUCUUCUAGAUCUCUUAUCUACCACCAUGCACCCCUAGAAACAAAAGAUGCCAUAAACUUGCUACUAAGGAAGGCUAGGAAAUGUAAGGAAGACAUGACAAAUGAUGUGAACAUGAGAGAAAUAGUUAUGAAGAUAGUCAGAAAGUCUGGACGGUUGCCCCUAGCUAUACUCACACUAGGAGGCUUGCUUGCCACCAAAGUGGUAACUGAGUGCCCAAGUAUUUAUAACCAGAUCCCCUUAGAACUAGAGAGCAACCGAAGCCUUGAAGCAAUGAGGAGGAUGGUUACCCUGAGUUACAACCACUUGCCCUCUCAUCUUAAGUCAUGUUUUUUGUAUCUAAGCAUAUUUCCUGAGGAUUUUGAAAUUAAAAGGAGGCGUCUGGUUGAAAGAUGGAUAGCAGAGGGCUUUGUUAUAGCCAUGCAUGGGGUUAGUGUUAUAGAUGUUGGGAAUAGUUACUUUGAUUGCCUGAUAAAUCGAAGCAUGAUCCAGUCAUCAAGUGUGAACACAGAGGGAACUGUGAAGAGUUGUCGAGUCCAUGAUAUCGUUCGUGAUGUCAUGAUCUCAAUUUCUAGAGAUGAAAGAUUUGCAUGCUCGACAUGGGAUAAUGUGAGUGCAAUAACAGGGGAUAACUUCCGUCAUGUAGCAUAUCAUGGUGGUGAGCAACCAAAUAAAAGCAUGGAUCGGGGGCAUGUCCGGUCAUUAACAAUUUUUGGUGAGAGAUACAUGAAGCCGGCUCAUUCGCUUUUUUUGCCCGACUUCAAGAUGAUUAGAACUUUGGACCUACAUGAUGCCCAUUUUGAACUCACACAAACAGAAUCCAAUGCUUUAGGGUUGUUACAUCAUUUGAAAUAUGUCAAUAUCAUUGGCCAUCCCGGUGAAGGUUUAUAUGUUCAUAAGCUCCCAAGAUCCAUAUGUAAACUACAGGGCUUGCAAACUUUGGACAUUCAGAACAGUUAUAUCACAUCACUACCAACUGGGAUCACAAAACUACAAUGCCUUCGUAGCCUCCGAUUUAGGAAAAGAAAUAUGCGUCAUAUUUUAUGCCUACAUUACCCUAAGAUCUGCUUCAUGUCCGCAUUUUGUAUGCCUUUUGUGUUCAGUCCUUUAGUUAGUCAUGUCGAUCGUAUGGAAUUUAUGAUGGAUUUCCACAUGGUCUGGACUGGCAGUUUGUCCAACUCCAAUGGUGUGAGGGUGCCCAGAGGGAUCAAUAACUUGAAGGAGUUAGAGAUACUAGAGUAUGUUGACAUUCAGCGAACUAGUAGAAAAGCAGUUAAAGAGCUUGGGGAGCUAAUAAAGCUAAGAAAGCUGAGUGUCAUAUUAGGGGCAAGCAAGCAAAAGAGCAAGAUACUUUGUGCAUCUAUUGAGAAGCUCACUUCCCUCCGCUCUCUUUAUGUGAAAUGCUAUUGGACAAUUGGUCUCAAGUGGUUGCAUUCUAUUUCCUCCGUCCCCCCUCUCUUGAGGUCGUUGUCUCUGUUUGGUGUUCUUGGGGAGAUGCCUGGCUGGUUUGGGGAUCUGGUGCAUCUGGUGAAGCUUUUACUAUGGUCAAGCUAUCUAGCAGAAGGAGGUAAAAGUAUGGAAAUACUGGGCGCACUGCCGAAGCUCAUGUUCCUUUAUCUUGGUUAUGGCUCUUAUGCAGCAGAAAAACUAGUGUUCAAAGCAGAAACAUUCUUAAACCUCAGGAAACUGGAAGUUUAUUGUGAGAAUCAACCGAGAGAGUUGAUAUUUGAGGUGGGCACCUCGCCCCAGUUGGAAAAGAUAGAAAUCAUACAGGGCAGGUUGGAAUCAGGGGUUACUGGUAUCAAACACCUUCCAAGGCUCAAGGAGAUUUUUAUUAGUGACGCUGCUCAAGUUGCGAGGCUUAGUGUUCUAGAAGGUGAAGUCAACGCACACCCCAACCGUCCUGUGCUGCGACUUUCCUUGGAACGACGCCACCAUGACCUGGAUCAGCACAUCGUCGAAGGAUCCGGUGUACAAGUGGAAGCAACGGUGGAGUCAUCCGUUGCGGCGGGAGAGGGCUCACAAUUGGCGGCCGUGCUGGCGGAGAGCGACAGCGAAGAUGACCUGCGCUGAUAAUCUCAGCUUCAUUCCCUUCUCUGCUCAAAUCAGCGGCGUACUGCUGGCAUCGGACUGGAGUCUCUCGCUCAGGUCACCGCCUUGUAACACCUUGCUUUCAUGAAGUUAAAAUUUGGCAAACCUGGAACAAGCUGGAGCAUGGCAUGAUCAAACACAUGAUGCAAUUGAUGCGACUUAUGGCGGCAUAUUACCUGAUUUUCUGCUGAAGGCUGUAUAAUAGCAAGGAGCCAACUGGACGAAGGCAACAACAAUGGAAGUACUUGAGUUGGGCACCGGCCAACGUUCAGACAGCAAAGAUCGUCUACAAUGAUAAUUUCGUCUCCGUUUCGUUCGCUUCUCCACUCAGAUCGGCUGCACAUAUGUUCAACAUUUCUUAUCCUGCUGCCACCCUACUUCGCUUCUUCAACUCGAUUGCCACUGCCUUCUGAAACCAUGCAAUUUUUGUCUGUAAGAGCUCAUGUUUGCUGCUUCGUGCUGCUGCCUUUGGAUUUUAACUGGUUCCAUGUUGUGUCACAUACCUGAUUACCUGCUUAACAUGAAAAGAGUAUCUUAUAGUAUUAAAUUAUCAUGGCUGCAGUCUGCACGUGACUUGUCUUUUUAUCCAUGGUCUUCUGCUUAGAUUUUCCUUUCAGCUUUUAUUUUCUCUCAUAUUGUACAAAAGAAGAAAAAACACUCGUUUUUAAAACAUAAACCUGAAUUCGUUCACAGUCCACAUAUGGGUAGUUCUUUUUGUUACCAGUUUGAUCUCUUAGAGUUUCACCUUUACCAAUUGAGCUCCUCUUGUUUUUUUACAAUUUUAUGAAGCACCACUGGUUGCGACACUUCACAGGAAGUUAGAAUUUGACAAACCCGGGACAAGCACAUUACCUGAUUUUGUGCUGAAGGUUAAUAGCAAGGAGCCAACUGGAGGAAGGCAAAAUCCAUGAUGCAAUUAACGCGGCUGAUUUAAGGUGGGCCCAGGACUCGUCAUAUUCAGCAGGACCUGGAGCAACUCUGGCAGAUGAGAAUUGGGCGGGGUGCAUGACUCUGCAGCUGAAGUAAACAAAACAUUCCAGACAUCCAGUGCUUGAAAAGGACACUGAAUGUUCUGAAGUGUGGACUGUGAUCACAUCGAUAAGUGCUGGCGAGAAGACGUGGAAAAUGCAUUCAGCCCUACAAGUUCUCUCCUGGCUGCUGGCCUCUGAUAUGGUGCAAGGUGAAGCUGAGAGCGAUCUCAACAUUUCUCCGAUGCGAAUGGAAGAGGAAUGCAUUGAUCUUAGGGCUUCGGUGUAAUGGAAGGGUGUAGCAAGCUGCCCUGCUACUCAGAAGGAGUUUACAAGUUGCAACUGUUGGCCUAGAUGAGAAAACGAUUCUUGAGGAACACCAUGUAAUGGAAUGGCCGAUCAAUAGGACGAGAACACCUGCAAUUUUGAAUACAGAGUUACUUUGUUUUCUAGUACUCUGUUUUUUCAAAGAUGUUUAGCUCCUCUCUGUUUGUUGCUGCCACUAUGCUUGUGCUUGUUCCUAAUCAAAGAAUAAGUAUUGCAUAUGUUGUUAUCCAA